AUGAUAAAUCCAAAUUUGAACUUGGAACCCGACAAUAAUUCAGAAGGAAGUAGCCAAGGGGCUUCCAAUGUAUCCUUGUAUGAAGCAUCUUUUGAUCUUACAAAGGGCAGCACCACCACUUCCUCCUGUCUUACAAAGGAUGAAACUGAUCCAGGUUCUAUUACCCUUGACUUGACACUCAACUUCAAUUCCAGUGAUGGUGAGUUGAAAGGUUCUAGUGAUGCUGGCAGUGAAGUGGGAGCUGAAGCUCCUGCUUCAGCAUCAGCAACUCCAAGGGUUUUUUCUUGUAACUACUGCAGGAGGAAGUUCUAUAGUUCUCAGGCAUUAGGGGGGCAUCAAAAUGCUCACAAAAGGGAGAGGACAAUGGCUAAGCGUGCAAUGAGAAUGGGAAUGUUCAGCGAGAGGUACACAAGUUUGGCAUCCCUACCUCUUCACGGUUCACCUUUUAGGUCUCUUGGUCUUGAAGCUCAUUCUGCAAUGCACCAAAGACACAUACCAUCCUCACUGAGGGCACCUGAUAUGAGAGCCGCUGCAAGGUUUGAGAGAAACCAUUUUGGAUCACUGGUUUUCAUGGAAGAUGAUGAUGUUGGAUUCUUUUGGCCUGGAAGUUUCAGACAGAUAGACCACGGAGCUGGUGUUAAUGAAGGACAUGUUCAAAGUUCAAAUGCUAGUCUAGCGCCAACGGUACCUCCUCCGCCACAAGCUUCUGCAUCUCCGGAUCUCACAUUGAAGCUUUAA